UCUCGCGGCAGGCUCGUGGCUCGGUCGCCAGCUCCGGCCCCAUGGCAGCUCCAGGCUCCUCGGCUGAGUGCGGCUACAUCCGUACAGUCCUGGGCCAGCAGAUCCUGGGGCAGCUGGACAGCUCCAGCCUGGCCUUGCCCUCCGAGGCCAAGCUGAAGCUGGCGGGGAGCAGCGGCCAGGCGGUCAAGAGCCUGCGGAUCCAGGAGCAGGUGCAGCAGACCCUGGCCCGGAAGGGCCGCAGUUUCGUGGGCAACGGAAAUCUUCACCGAACUAGCAGUGUUCCUGAAUAUGUCUACAAUCUACACUUGGUUGAAAAUGAUUUUGCUGGGGGACGUUCCCCUGUUACUAAAACCUAUGACAUGCUAAAGACAGGCACAGCUGCCACUUAUGAAGGUCGCUGGGGGAGAGGAACUUCGCAGUACAGCUCUCAGAAGUCAGUGGAAGAAAGGUUCUUGAGGCAGCCUCUGAGGAGACUUGAGAUUUCCCCGGACAGCAGCCCUGAGCGGGCUCAGUACGCACACAGCGAGCACCAGUCCAGCCAGAGAAGCCAGGCCGGGCACACCUCGCGGCAGCAGGAGAGCAGGAGGUCCACGCUUCUCGUGCCGCCUCGCUACGCCCGCUCAGAAAUUGUGGGUUUCAGCCACUCCGGGGCGGUGGGCAGACAGCGCCACUACGACACGUACAGGCGCUACCAGUACCGGUCUGUGAACGACGCCGUCUUUGACGGCGCCCGGGUCCACCCGGUGGUGCUCACGUACCCCAGGCCUGGGACCAGCCACAGCCUGGGCAACCUCCUGGAGAAGGAGAACUACGUGACUGCGGGGCCUGCCGCGGGGCAGGCCAGGCCGGCGUCCGUGCAGCGGGGCACGCAGGGCCGGGCGGCGCGGUCGUCCUGGCAUCAGAGCUCCUUCCACAGCACCCGCACACUGAGGGAGGCCGAGUUCGGCGGGAGGAGGACCCACAUGACCGUGGGCCAAGUGGCAGCAGGAGGAAGUGGGAACGUGCUCGCGGAGAGAAGCACUUUCACCGACGCUCAGGCUGGGAAUGCAGACACGGAGAUGACUCUGGAGCGAGCAGUGAGUAUGCUUGAGGCAGACCACACGCCGCCGUCCAGGAUUUCUGCUGCAGCUACUUUCAUACAGCAUGAGUGCUUCCAGAAAUCUGAAGCACGGAAAAGGGUUAAUCAGCUUCAUGGCAUCCCCAAGCUUCUACAGCUCCUAAAAAUUCAGAAUGAAGAUAUCCAGCGAGCUGUGUGUGGGGCCUUGAGAAACUUGGUGUUUGAAGAUAAUGACAACAAAUUGGAGGUAGCUGAACUCAAUGGAGUACCGCGGCUGCUCCAGGUGCUGAAGCAAACCAGAGACUUGGAGACUAAGAAACAAAUAACAGGUUUGCUGUGGAAUUUGUCCUCUAAUGACAGACUUAAGAAUCUCAUGGUAACAGAAGCCUUGCUUAUCCUGACUGAGAAUAUCAUCAUCCCCUUUUCGGGGUGGCCAGAAGGAGACUACCCCAAAGCGAAUGGUUUGCUCGAUUUUGAUAUAUUCUACAAUGUCACAGGAUGCCUAAGAAACAUGAGUUCAGCUGGCCCUGAAGGGAGGAAAGUGAUGAGAAGGUGUGAUGGACUGAUUGACUCACUGGUCCAUUAUGUCAGAGGAACCAUUGCAGAUUACCAGCCAGAUGACAAGGCCACAGAGAACUGUGUGUGCAUUCUUCAUAACCUCUCCUACCAGCUGGAGGCAGAGCUCCCAGAGAAAUAUUCCCAGAGUAUCUAUAUUCAAAGCCGGAAUAUCCAAGCUGACAACAACAAAAGUAUUGGGUGUUUUGGCAGUAGAAGCAGGAAAGUAAAAGAGCAAUACCAGGACAUGCCAAUGCCAGAGGAAAAGAGCAACCCCAAGGGCGUGGAGUGGCUGUGGCACUCCAUCGUGAUACGGAUGUAUUUGUCCUUGAUCGCCAAGAGUGUCCGAAACUACACUCAAGAAGCAUCUUUGGGAGCUCUCCAGAAUCUCACGGCAGGAAGUGGACCAAUGCCAACAUCAGUAGCUCAAACAGUUGUCCAGAAAGAAAAUGGCCUUCAGCACACACGAAAGAUGCUGCAUGUUGGUGAUCCAAGUGUGAAAAAGACUGCCGUCUCUCUGCUGAGGAAUUUGUCUCGGAAUUUUUCUCUACAGAAUGAAAUUGCCAGAGAAACUCUACCUGAUUUGGUUUCCAUAAUUCCUAACACAGUCCCAAGUACUGAUCUUCUCAUUGAAACUACAGCCUCUGCCUGUUACACAUUGAACAAUAUAAUCCAAAAUAGUUACCAGAAUGCACGGGAUCUUCUAAACACUGGGGGCCUGCAGAAAAUUAUGACCAUAAGCGCAGGUGACACCUAUGCUUCCAACAAAGCAAGUAAAGCUGCUUCUGUUCUCCUAUAUUCUCUGUGGACCCACACGGAGCUCCAUAAUGCCUACAAGAAGGCUCAGUUUAAGAAGACAGAUUUUGUCAACAGCCGGACUGCCAAAGCCUACCACUCCCUGAAAGACUGAGGAACAUGAAGAAGUGCUCUCAGAAAGAUGAACCUCAUCAUUCUCAGUCACAAAAAGCCCCAAAGGAAAACACCUAUUUUUCUACUUCCCAGCCCAAGAAACUUCAAAAACCAUGUCCUGUUUCUAUCCUUUUCUAUUUCCAUGGUCCCCAGGAUCCAGAAAACAAAUAAUCAAAAUAUAAUUUUAUUAGUUUUCCAGAGGACAUUUGCAAGUUUGCCACGAGUAGAUACUGGCAACAGGCUCGAUUUUACCCUCUACAAACAGUGGUCUUUUUGAUCAGGGCUGACGGUGUAUGUCCUACUGGAAUCAAAAUGUGAGUUCAUGUGGGAUGGACAUUAACAGAAUAAAUAAGGAAGGAAGCUGCUGUAUUACUAGGAUUUUAAAAGUUUGAUUUACAUUUAUAUUCCUUUUCUGGUUUCCAUGUUUUGUCACUCACAUGCACGUUGCUUCACCAUUGAGCCAUGAGUGUAUUGUUCUGCAGUGUUGAAACAGAAUGGAAACAACAAGAAAUAUUUGUGGGGUUAUCCAGGCGAAAAUGUAAUGACAAAAUUACUUGUUUGUUUACUUUGUGCUUGUUUUUAUCCUCUUGAAUUUUUUCUCUGAUUUUCAGUGAACUUAAGAAAUUUAGAUCACAGAACGUGCAUGACUAUAAGGAAAAGAAAUUGAAAGGAAGUGAUCAUAGCAAAUUUAAAAAUCUUUUCUACAGAGAAAGUCAACUAUGGUUAUGAAAUUCAGUGUUCCCUCAAAAUACUGAAUAAGUAGAAUUUUUACUCAAGGAAAUAUUUCACCUAUAAUAACACCAUUAAAUGUAAAUCUCUUCUGACAGCAUUCAGUGUAAUCUAUUUCCUGGACUUCUUCAGCCACUGCAGUGGGCUGGUGGAAGAAUGGACUCUACUGUUUGGCUACAAAAGAAACCUAGGCCUCUCAGACUACUGGACCAGUCAGGGCCCUGAAAACACAGCUUAUUUUAAUGAAGUACAUUAUCAACCAGCCCUACUUUGCCCAACAUUUUAAAAAUAGAACCACUAAACUCAUGUGACCUUCCUUAGGCCAUUAUUUUAAGUCAAGGAAAAGCUAGAAAAAAAAUGAAGUUAUGUUGAGGAAAAAUGUGUCUAGGCCAUCCAGAAAUGAUAUGAGAAAUACUAAUGUUUUAAAGUUGACAACAUCAUCUAUUGAAGUGAGUCUAUAUUAAGUGUUACUUUAACUGGGCUGUGAUUAAUACCAUUCAGAUAGAAUUAGUCUUCUUAACUAUAAUUCUGUUAUAUUUUGCUUUUUUUAAAAAAAUCUGACAAUAUCUGUUGUAAGAAAGUAAGAAGGAAAAAAAUCCUUCAGCUCCUUUUGGCCAGAAAAGUGUAAUAGGAAAUAAAUUGCCACUUUAAAUUUGAA